CAGACAGGCGGAAAGGAGGUGUAGUGGGGGAUGGGCGAGCUCUUGUUAUGACUGGUGCUUGGCUGUGGGACAAACUUCCAGAGGAGGCCUCGGUGUGUUUGUGUGUGAGAGAGUGUGUGUUUUGUCUUUUCCAUCUCAUGGGUCGGUUCCAGUGGAGAAACACGUCUGCUUGCUGAUGUGACGGAGCAGCGGCUGGUAUCCGAUCGUCGCAGGACUGAUGGUUUCGAUCCGCAGUGGGGAAGCAGGACGGGCUGUGUUUCUGAUCGCGUCUGGAGAAUAGGUUCUGCCAGUUCCUGCUGAGGACAAGGGAGCUAUGAUGCACCUUUUGAAGACGUUGUGAUCACAUGGGCUCCUGUGCUGUGCUGACCCAAUGGUUUGAUCACCAGGACUAAAAAUGAGCAUAAGCAGUGAUGAGGUCAAUUUCCUGGUUUACAGAUACCUGCAAGAGUCGGGCUUCUCCCACUCGGCAUUCACCUUUGGCAUAGAGAGCCACAUCAGUCAGUCCAACAUCAAUGGAGCCCUGGUGCCCCCUGCUGCCCUCAUCUCCAUCAUCCAGAAGGGCCUGCAGUAUGUGGAGGCUGAAGUCAGCAUCAAUGAGGACGGAACCCUGUUUGACGGGCGGCCCAUCGAGUCGCUGUCCCUGAUCGAUGCCGUGAUGCCAGAUGUUGUGCAGACCAGACAGCAGGCCUACAGGGAAAAGCUGGCGCAGCAGCAGGUGGCAUCAGGCAGUUGCAGCGGCACAGGACUCCAGGGAAGCACGAAGAACGGAGAGGGUGCCGCCAACGGGGAGGAAAACGGAUCCCACGCCUUAGCCAAUCACCACUCAGAGAUGAUGGAGGUUGAUCAAGAUGUGGAGAUCCCCCAGAGUAAAGCCAUGGUCCUGAGGGGCCACGAGUCUGAAGUUUUCAUCUGUGCCUGGAACCCAGUCAAUGACCUCCUUGCUUCAGGGUCCGGAGACUCAACGGCAAGGAUCUGGAACCUGAGUGAGAACAGCACAGGUGGAUCCACCCAGCUGGUAUUGAGGCACUGCAUUCGGGAAGGGGGCCAAGAUGUACCCAGCAACAAAGACGUCACCUCACUAGACUGGAAUAGUGAGGGAACAUUGCUAGCAACAGGUUCAUAUGACGGCUUUGCUAGAAUAUGGACAAAAGAUGGUAACCUGGCCAGUACUCUGGGUCAACACAAAGGUCCUAUAUUUGCACUCAAGUGGAAUAAGAAAGGAAACUUCAUCCUCAGUGCUGGUGUUGACAAGACCACAAUUAUUUGGGACGCACACACGGGAGAGGCAAAGCAACAAUUUCCUUUCCACUCUGCACCUGCUCUGGACGUAGACUGGCAGAGCAACAACACGUUUGCCUCCUGCAGCACAGACAUGUGUAUCCAUGUGUGUAAGCUCGGUCAGGACAGACCUGUCAAGACCUUCCAGGGACACACGAAUGAGGUCAACGCCAUCAAGUGGGAUCCCACUGGCAGCCUGCUGGCCUCCUGCUCUGAUGACAUGACGCUCAAGAUCUGGAGCAUGAAACAGGACUCGUGUGUACACGACCUCCAGGCUCACAAUAAAGAAAUCUACACAAUCAAGUGGAGCCCCACAGGGCCCGGGACAAACAACCCCAGUGCGAACCUCAUGUUGGCCAGCGCAUCAUUUGACUCAACAGUGCGUCUGUGGGACGUCGAGCGCGGCGUGUGUAUCCACACGCUGACCCGCCACCAGGAGCCCGUCUACAGCGUCGCCUUCAGCCCUGAUGGCAGGCAUCUCGCCAGCGGCUCCUUCGACAAGUGUGUCCACAUCUGGAACACUCAGACGGGUGCUUUAGUUCACAGCUACCGGGGAACAGGAGGCAUCUUUGAGGUGUGCUGGAACGCCACAGGGGACAAAGUAGGAGCCAGCGCGUCAGACGGAUCGGUUUGUGUAUUGGACCUGAGGAAAUGACACUCGUCUGGGGGGAGCCGUGGACCGACUACGAAUGUGUACAUGGCCAAACUGACUGACUGUCCCUGCCUGUCCGGCACACUGCUGUAGUCCCAUCAGAUGCGAUGGCCGGCCAUUACAGCCCCCCGCCUCUAUUUCUCUCUCGCUCUCUCUCAUGUACACACAAGGACCAAAACCUUUGCCACACAAAGUUGUUAUGCACAGGUCUCUGUGGACACUCACAAGACCUGCAGGAAGAAACAUGUGAUCACUGAGUAUAACCAUGUCGGACCCAUCGUACACAAACCAAAACACCAGGAUUCUUCUUGCUUUGCUCUUUUUAUCCUUUGUACCAGGUUUAUAAAGAUGCUUGUUUUCUGUUGGCCUGUGCAUAUUGCACAUGUCUGGUGUCCUGUGGACAUUGUUGUGUUGAAUUUGGAUUUUACUGAUCUCUGUAGGUUUUAUAUGACGAGUGGGUUGGGAGAGAAGGGAGGGGCGGGGGUGUAGGAGCGGUUUGUCUUUUACAGUGGGUGUUCGAAGCUGUUCAUUGGGCGAUCCGCUCAUCUCGUUCUUGGCACUCUGUCAAGCGCAGAAGACGAAAGCAUUGACAAUUUUUCCGACUGUUUUUACAAAGUGUCAAGCAGUCUGUCAAACAGUGAACUGUCCUUUGUUUUUGCAACUUUAAUCCUCAAAAAUGGUUUUCAGGUGUUAAUUCAUCAGGUUAAUGAAUCGCUAAAGAAUUCAAAACCUCUGCGGCUGUAACUUCAUGUUGAUAUCAUGUUCUAACGGUGUGCUGAAUGUGUGGACCGCCUGAGGUUCACGUCAUUGAAAUAGAGCUCGUAAAACCACGGCUGUGCUUUUUGUGUCAGCGGUGAAGUGAUGUGACACAGUAAUGGCUUAUUUUCUGGCAUCUGUCUAGUCUCUUGGAUAUGUAGGGCAAGAGGGAGGGAGAGAGAGAUGCAGGAAAACAAGUCCAUAACGGCCUGAAUUCAUCCGACGUGAAAUAAUUAUUUCGUCACAAUUGUGCGUGUUUCUUCAGGUAAUAGCUUGUUGAUAUCCAGCCCUGGAAGAUAAUCAGAAUAAGUUGGUCUAGUUGUGUCCCAUUUCCUCAGCUUAGUCCUUAAAACAACACAGCAUCAUCUGCAGUAUCACUUCGCUGUCAACUUGGAGUCUUUGUCACACUUUCACUCUGUAACGUGUGCAGCUUUUCAUACCCAGUGUCGAGUACACACUACAGUCCUUGGUUUGCUGUUGUCAGGCAGUUUUUGCCCAGCAUUACUAUACACACACACACACACACACACACAUUCUGGAGACGGGCUGUGUUCAGGCCUAUGCACAGAUAGACAGUGCUUUUGUUUGUAGUGUUCAGAGUUGCCGUUUUGAGGCAGUUCUGCGCUUGUUAAAAAGCAGACUCGCAGCAUAUGACUUGAUGUAACACGGUAUCUGCAUAUAAUAUAUAUAUAAAUAUAUAUAUCUGUGCUAUCACAGGGGAUUCUUUUGUAUGCCACUCGUGUGCUGAGGGUGGAUUUUAAAGUAACUUUUUAAAUACAGUAUGUGAUGUUGCUGUGCAUCACCCGAGGUCGUGAUCAUGAGGUGUUGUUUUUUAUAAAAUACCAUUAAACAGUCAUAGCGAAACAAAAGAGCAGCCCCUUUUAAAGGGUCUUUUUUUUCCUCCUCUGCACUUUAGGCUAAAAAUUGAGAAACAGGGAGGUGUGUUUAUUCAAGCCAUCACGGACUCAUCUAAUGUUUGAAAUGCUCUUAAAGACGAAUCAGCUGAAAGUGUCGCAGUGACAGCGGGGAAACGAGGGUCACUAGUGUCCUGUCUGACUCCUCUGGGAUUAGGUCCUACCCAGCCGACUUCAUGGCAUUCCAGGUCUCGUCCCGUAGCCAUGGAAAACAUCGAAAGGCUCGAAAUACCCAAACAUACAUCAGCAGACGUAUUCUUUAGAAUGUUACUUGUUAGAAACAAAAAAAUUGUACUGAAGCUAAAGAAUAUCUUGAAGUUUGCUUUAAUACAGUCAGCAGUGAUUGGACUGUAACACAAAGACUAUUUCAAAUGAUGUCUAUGACAGUGGAAUGGUAUUUUAUAAUGGUUAGUUUUUAGAUGAUACGUUUUUUACACUGCAUUCAAGUGUGUUUGCUAUUUUUUUUUUUUCUUACCGAAAGUACUAAUGUCAAUUCUAUCUUUGCUAUGUCGGAGAGCCCUUCAAGGUUUUGUACUUGUCAAAACUUUUGUAAUUCUGAUUUAUUUGUAGCCAUGUACUGAAAAUGAACAAAAAAUAUAAAAUUUGGAUUUAAUUGUUGAUGUGUAACACAGAACCUGUAAAUACCAAUUUACACUUUUUUUUGUUGUUGUGUUGUCUUUGCCCUCACUUACGUUGUACUCUUCUCUCUCACUCACAUGGUUGCUGUCUGCAGCCUCCUGAUCUGACUGUUGUAAUAUCACUCAGAUCUCAAGGUCUAGAAUAAAAUCUAUUUUGAUAAUA